CUGGGCAGUGUCCACUGGAGGCUCUGCAGAACCCAGCAACCAGGCUGCUGUGGAGCCACCCAAGCCCUCUACCCAGCCAGGAGGAGUGGGGUUGCCCGGGCCGCGGCCCCCCAGCACAGGGCCGGCUCCGCCUGGGGUGCAGGGACCUGAGUGAGUCUGCACCCGUGAGGAUGGACAUGGGCCAGGGGGGUGUGAUGUCAGCCCAGGAGCUCGUGGCCGGCCUCUGCCGGAAGGGGGACCAGCACCUGGCCCUGGGGGACCCCCUCCUGGCCACGGCCUUCUACCUGGCUGCCUUCAGCUGCCACGCCCCCUCAGCCGUGCAGAGGCUACAAGGGGCACUGGCCGAGGCUCGGGGAGCACCUGUGGUGGCCACCCUGGAGGCCUGGUGCUGUGGGGACAGCCGAAUCCCCACCAUCCUCUGGGACGGCAUGGCAGUGGUCUCCCUGACGGGGGCUCUGGCCUCUGCCUUUCUCGGUGCCCUCUGCCCUGACCACCCGGCGGCUGUCCUGCACUCACUGGCCGGGCUGCUGGCUCAUGGGCGCCACAGGGAAGUGGCCCAGCGCUGCAGUGCCCUGCUGGACGCUCACUCCCAGCAGGCCCUGGAGCUGCAGCUGACCCGCGCCCUGGCCCGGGUCCUGUCUGGGGAGCAGGCAGGCGCCGGCGUGGCCGACUAUCUCCAGGCCUUCGCCUCGAGCGCAGCCCGGACCGCGGCCUUCGUCCACACCCACCAGCGUCCCUACCUCCCCACGCUGCUCAGCACCCUCCGGGACCAUGUCUCAGCACAGCCGCGGGCCACGGUCAGCGACGGCCAGCAAGAGGCUGACUGCCGGGGCCUCCUGGCUGCCCUGGACCCCGAGGGCACCUGGAGUGAGGUCCUGUCACCAGAAGCGCUGCUCCACGGUGGCAGGUAUGAGGACUGCCUGGCCGCCUGCAGCAGGGCCCUGCAGUCGGACCCCGCGAGGGACAGACCCCAAGAUGAGCGCCGGGCAGCCCUGCUGGUCACGCGCGCAGCGGCGGCCUUCUUCCUGGGUGGCCGAACCCACGACGUGCUGCAGGACCUGCACCAGGCCUUCCGCGAGAGCCCGUCCGCGGCGCGGAGGCAACUCCAGGCGGUGCUCUCAGCCACAGACCAAGAACGCAUCCGAGUCCAGGCUCAGGAGACCGCGGACGUGGGCUUCGCCCACUUCCAGGAGGCUGUCCGGAGUCGCCCCCAGCUCCGCGAGGACGCGGGACGUGAGCUGCUGGUCCCGGUCACCCACGCGCUCCGCCUCCUGCUUCGCUUGGAGCCCGCAGGGCAGCGAACUGUGCUGGGCACCCGCCUGGCGGAGUGCCUGCUGCUGGCUGGGGACGUGGCAGGAGCUCGGGCGCUGUGCGAGCGCCUCCUGAGGCCCAGGCACCCCGGAGAGCUUGCUGGGGACAGUGCGCCCCUGAGGGCGCUGCGUGGCUUCUGCGCGCUGCACGUGGGCGACACCCACGGCGCCAAGGAGGACUUCCAGGCGGUGGUGGAGCAGGGGGCGCCGCAUCCCGGCGGCUGUGUUCGGGCGCUGUGCGGCCGUGGGCUGCUGCGGGUGCUGGCCGGCAGCGCCUUCCUGGGGGCGCUGGAUUAUGUCACUGCGUGCCGGCUGCAGCCCGAGGAGGCGCUGAUGGCCGCCAAGGCCUACGUGCCCUGGAACCAGCGCGGACUGCUGCUGACCGUGCUGCGGGAGGAAGGCCGCAGGAUGCUGCUGCGCGGGUGUGGCCCCGGCCCUGCGGACGUGCCCUCCUGCAGGAGCAGAGCUGCUGAGAUGGACGGCCCUGUGGCACAGGAAGGGGAUGCCCAUGGCGUGUACCAGCUGGCCACGAUGCUGAUGGAGCUGGACGUGGAGGACGAGAACUCACAACUCCUGGCAGCCGAUGCCCUUUACCGCCUGGGCCGCCUGGACGAUGCCCACAAAUCUCUGCUGGUGGCCCUCUCCCGGAGACCCCAGGCAACCCCCGUGCUGGCACGGCUGGCCCUGCUACAGCUGCGUAGGGGCUUCUCUUACGAUGCCAACCAGCUGGUGAAGAAGGUGGUCCACUCUGGGGACACAGCCUGCCUGCAGCCCACCCUGGACGUCUUUCGUCACGAGGACCGGCUGCUGCUGCAAAGCCACUGCCACACACGGGCCCUGAGCAUCCUGCGAGCGAAGCCGAGCGGGGUGGACAGGGAGGCCCACACCAGGGAGGCCAUCGCCUACCUCUCUCUGGCCAUCUUCGCUGCGGGGACGGAGGCCAGUGAGUCCCUACUCGUCCGAGCCCGCUGCUAUGGGCUCCUCGGCCAGAAGAAGACCGCUGUGUUUGACUUCAACUCCGUGCUGCGGGCCAGGCCGGGGAAUGUGCAGGCUCUGUGUGGACGGGCCCUCGUGUACCUGGCCCUGGACCAGCUGCAGGACGCCGUCGACGACGUUAUCUCUGCCCUGCGACUCGACCCAGGGACCGUGGUCCCCGAGAUCCGCUCUCUGAGGCCGGAAGCUCGGGUGCCACUUACCCAGGGCCUCCACUCCCGCUGCCGGGCCCUCCUGAGCCAGACUCUGGACAUGGGGGUCUCCCUUGGGGACGAGGACACCCAGGGCCUCCUGGCAGUGGGACAGGCGCUGACCAGAAUCGAUGCCACUCAGCCCAGCUGGCACCUCCUCCUAGUGGACACACUCCUGGUGCUGGGCAGCUAUGAGGAGGCCAGUGCUCCCCUGCAGGAAGCCCUGUGCUCCACACGCCCACCGGAGGCGGCCCGGGCCCGGAGAGGCCUGCUCCAGCUCAAGAAGGGAGCUGUCCCCGCUGCCGUCCAGGACCUGCAGUGUCUGGCCGAGGCGGACGCCCAGGACCUGCGUUUCCUGCUGCAGCUCCUGGCGGCCUCGGAGCGGCACAGCGUGGCCCAGGCAGCAGCCCAGGAAGCCAGCACCCUCCUGGACACAGGGCACCCCAGGCGGGCGCUGGGCUACUGCUCAUUGGCUGUCCUGGCUGGUGGUGGCAGGACCUGCCACCUGCGUCUACGGGCUGCCUGCCUGGCUGAGCUGCGGGAAGUUGACCGGGCACUCCAGGACCUGGACCACGUGAUCCGGGAGGGAGCCGGGGACGGGGACUUGGCAAGGCGAGCCGAGGACUUCAGCUCCCGGGGCCGCCUGCUGCUGAGCCUGGGCGACGAGGAGGGCGCCAAGGGGGCCUUCGCCCAGGCCCUCGAGCUGUCACCGGCCCUGGAGCAGAGCCGCCUGUGGGCGCAGCCGGGCCAGGCCCCCAGGGCCAGCAUGUUCCUGCGUCUGGGCCAGUGCUGCCUGGAGGAGCAGCGCUACGGGGAGGCCCCGACGGGCCCCCAGAGUGGCCUCUUGGUGAACCCCCACCACGGCCGCCUGAGGAGGCUGAAGGCUCGAACCCAGAGGGAGACAGCCUCUGGCUGCCGGCUGCUCUGACCAGCGCUGCCCUCUCCCAGGCCCCCUCCCUGGGCACCUGCCUUUCUCACUGGGAGCGCCCCAGCUGCCUGGACCGGUGCCCUGCCACCUGCCCGGCCCUCAGGUGCCUCCCAUCUUCACGGAGGUGUCGGCCUCCCACCAAGCUCGGGUCCCUUGGCAAACAGCUGGGGCUCUGGCCUCCACGCGGCCUCAGGUCUGGUCCUCCACUUGGGAUCUGCAGGUUUCCUGCUCCACCUUCGCUUCCUUCCUGAUUUUCCAGGGUUUCCCACUGUGUCGCUCCCUGCCCAGCCAUCCCCAUCCAUCGGUCGGUCUGUCCAUCUGUCCACUCACUGGCUCAACAAAUAUUUGCAUCCCCAGCUGGGGUGGGCCAGGUUCAGGAGUUCCGGAAGCCCCAGGGGUGGCAGCAGGUACCUCUGCUCCCACUGCCCUCCCGACCUGGGGCCUCCUGCCCCAUCUGUUCAUUGAGGACAUCUCCACGGAGUGUGCAUGUACCUAAAUCCAGGGGGACCCCUGCCGCCCACUCCUGCUGUCCCCCAGCCCCGCAGGGAUAGCCCCUACAGGCCCCGGUUCACCUCACAGGGGUCUCAGUCCGUCUUGCUUGCCUGGCACCUUGGUAUGGCCUGAGUGUCCCCAGAGUUCAUAAGCUGAGACCCUAAGCCCCACUGGGAUGGCGCCAGGAGGUGGGUCCUGGGGGAGGUGGUGAGGUGCUGGGAACAGGGCCCUGGGGAUUCAAACAAACACGGCCUGAAGCCCCCCACCCGUUCCCACAUGAGGCCAGUGGGAAGGCAACUCUGUGAGCCAGGUCCUCCCCUGAAUCUGCUGGCACCUUGACCUUGGACUCCCACCUCCAGAGCUGUGAGAAACACGUUUCACCAGCCGCUCA